AUGCUCUCUUUCGCCUUUCUCAAGCCCAGCGUUGCGCCCUUGGUCGCCUCUCCAGAGACCGUCGAUCUUUGCGUCAACAACCGAGGCGACGACGGCGUCGCGAACUCACCUCCCUCACCACGCCUCUUACGUGCAAUUCCAACGCCCACGAUAGAAUUACCUGACCCCGCCUCUGCAACCUCUCCUCCCGACCACCCUGCGCCAGCCCAGGUGCCAACAGCAGCUGCCGAAGAUCCUUCUGCAGUCGCUGCCGCGAUGCUGUCUACCAUGGCAGCUCCGACUACAGUGCUCACAGAAUCGCUGCCCACCGAACAAGCCCCUAAUGGCUUCGAUGACAUCGCCGACAACGGCUCUAGCAGCUUGAGCGAGCUCGGAGACGCAUCAGACGACCAGUCAGAACCCACACAACGGCCGAGCGCAGUAGCAGACAUGGACGAAGAUGAUUCAGAGGCUGAGACUGAGCGACUGCACAACACGCCUCGAAAGCUCGCGCGCACUGCUACAGAGACGUCAUUACUCUCCGAGCCCAUCUACACAAGAACUCCAAGCAAGCUCGCGCAUUCCAAAACCAUCGAGCACGAUGAUUCUGCUCCACCCACACCCACUGCCAUUACAGACGACGCAACCAUGGGCGAAGCACCCACAACCGAGAACCCUCUGCAUUCUCUCUCGCUCAUCGCAGCAUCCGAGGCGGCGAAUCUCGAGCAUGUCGGUAUGAAAAGGAAGCGUGCCAGUGCUGAGAGAAGUCCUGUGGAUGAGCGUGAAGAGGAGCCAUCACGGAAGCGAAGCAUAAACGCGAAGGGCUCGGCGCUUGAUGGUCUGGCUGAUGCUGCAGCGGACCGACAGGGCCAGAUGGACGCAGACGAAGAGCUUGAGAACGCUGAAGAGAACCUAUCGGCCCUCGCACGAGAAGAACUAGAACUCGAAGAGCGACAAGCCAAUAUCGCAGCACAGACUGUCAGUGAGAUGGCCACCGUCGCGAAACACACUAAACCAAGGAAAGGCGGCAGGAGGGGGAAAAGGAAGAUGGAGGAUCCUAGCUAUGCCUACGCCGAGACGUUCGCAGCUGCUGAAGCACACGAGGCUGAAGCUGAGGGCGAGCAUGACGACGAGGAUAGCGCGGUGCUUGACGAGGAGGUGACCAAGAAAAAGCAGGCUAUCGAUGAACUUGCAAAGAUCGAGAAGAAGUUCAAGCUUUUCCGAGAGAAGUUAUGCGACGAGCAGAUAGCGCAACUCGAAAGGGAGCUAGAAAUGCUCAAGCAGCCGAAUUGCGUUCACCCCGAGUAUGUUGCCAUGAUCAAGUGCAUAGACGAUCGACGCGCCGACAAGAUCGCGUACGAGACGAGGCUACUGGAAUACAAGCAGAAGAAUCUUGAGAUAAUCACAGCAGCAGAGCGGCACCAAAUGCACAGUCAAUACUUCCAGACUGUGCGACAUAUUCGCGAGGAGAUUCUCGAGGAGUGCAACCAGCGAGUAUUCGAACUGCAACGCGGACGACGCCAGCUUGGUUGCGACGAGACUGAAUACAUGGUACGACUACCUGAGAAGCGGUCUGACCAGAUCAGGCACCAAACAGCGUACAAUUUGGAGGUCUCUGUCCUGUCGGGUGUCGCCAAGUACGUAGGGUUCCCAGCAGCACCAGACAUCAGUGCUGCGCGGCCAACAGAGAUUGACGAAGAUCUUCGAGCAAUGAAGAUUGCAACGCGUGCUCCAGCACCGCCUCCCUCGUUUCGUACCUAUAAUAGAACGACAACAGCAGACGAGGCAGCUGCAGAAGAGCAAUUCUUAGAAAGUACGCCAUGGGCCAAUCCACGACAUCCUUCGCACCAAGAAAGCCGGUACCCUCCAGGACCGUCCCGCGUACCCAGCUACCAAACACCAGCCGGUCAGCGUCGCAUGGUCGAUCUCUCAGCUCCCAAUGGCUCUGCCUCCACCAUCGAAGCGAACUCGAACCCCCCUUCCUCGAACGCUCACAACGCAAACGGUCUACUAGGGGAAGCAGAAUCACCAGUCCUACACAUGAAGCGCGCACCGAUCGAUCAUGCAGCCUAUGCAGAGACACCUGGCUCCGACCCUCGCAACAAUAUGGGUGUUCUGAGUAGAGAAACAUAUGGUAUGAUGUCAAGUCCUGCAGCGCAGCACAUGGAUAUACCGCAAGAACAAAGUGGACAACGUUGGGGUAGCAGCAUGCGGCCUAUCAAUGCAGAGCCCAACGUUGCGCCAGGUCUACCAGGUGCUGGCCGACCAGAUGCAGCGCGUGCAUCAUUGACACAACGCAGUGGCCUCGGUACUGUCAGUGUUGGCAACGGCUUGUUUGGACGGUAA